AUGUAUAGAGAAGGAAAGCACAAGUUAUGUUACAAAUCGGACGUCGGUAUUUACGAGGAAACUUGUUCUUUCCAGAAUGAAAACUGCUACAAAUGCCUGAUAAUAAACGACCGUCAUAAGAACGUCAUUCAAUUCCGCGAACGCUCCUUGUUUUUAUUGUUGAUUUUGUUUAUUAUUUCUCUCGUCGGUGUAUUCGACGUAUAA